ACGGGAAGCCAAGUUAGUCAAGUCCGUCAAUCAGAGGAACGGGCACGCCACAAGGACAAUGGAGAGAAAAGAGAAGCAGAACGAGUUCAGGUGUCACUUACACCGCAGGUGCUGCAUGAGCACGAUCCCGUACAGGCGGAACCGUUGCAGCAGUUGCAGCUUCCACAAGGACCCAUGUUGAAUCAAGUUGGUGGAAUGGAUUGAGUUUGGGGUUGAUUGAAAGUUGAUUGGGAUCUCAAGAUUUCGAUGCUUGACAGAAGAAUAAGACUUGCUUGCCUGAAUGGAAGGAAGAGAGCGAGAGUCACAAAAGAGGAGGUGCCUCGGGCCUUGAUAUACACCUAUGGAUGGAACCAUCACUUCUGUCCCACACUACGCUCACCCCACCUGUGUCUCAGAGAGUGUCAUGCAUCCCGCGAAAUGUUCAUGCAUCGACCAUGCGAAACAAACAUCUUCUAGCAACAUCAAGUGGGUCCUUGGGUUGCCCAUGCAUGACAGGAUGGGUGCGUUCUUCUUCGCUAUUCGUCCAAGGCGCAGAAAGUUCCAGCGCCUAUCAUUGACCAUCGACUACCUCCUCCGUAGAUAGCGAGCACAAACCCCUCGGUGCGGUGCGAUGCGUCCUUGACUGAGCGUGGCCCAAUCACAAUACCGCAAUUCUGCAGCUUGGUGUCUCCAGACCAGCGUGUUCACCUCGCCUGGUAGACAGGUCCCAAUUGAAACUAAGGUUCAACAACCACCGGAUGGAUGAUGGGGAUCCAUAUCCACAUGUAGAGACGCCUCUGCUGGCUGUCUCGAAUCAUCAUCAACGUGAUCACCAUCACCUGUCCUAUUGUCUGGUGACAGGCUCUGGGAAUCUCCAUCAGGCCAUGCCCGACUCUGGUUGACGGGUCGCCGAAGUCGCAACAUAAAUUCCGGCUAUCACAUGUUGAUACCAGGGCCACUGAGUGAUUGGACGAGAAGAAGAAAGUGUAGCACGCUAUCGUCCAAGUUCGGAUGCAGACUGGGGAGUGCUCGUAAUUGAAGAAUAUGGCCGAGAGGAUCCGAUUGUCAGCCCUGGAGGAAGAGACGUGGUAACAUCCAGACGCAAGGACAAGAACGUGGUACAACAUUCCCUCUAAGUGGCCCAGAACGGACAAGACCGUCGUUUGAGGACAACUCAAUUCGAACCCCACGCUUAGUAUCAUGCAUGAGAAACAUGAGCGACGCUCGCCAAGGAUCCAAUGUCAGAGACUAUUGGAGUCACAUGAAUGAGUUCAGGCAUUCAAUGUGUCACUGCGUCAAGUCAUGGUGCGUGAGCCCGGAGCAGAAUCCCCAGAAGCAAUGCUAUAGGGACAUGAUCCGUGGCAGCUUUUGCAAGGAUGAUCCCCUCACUCAGAGUGUAAUUGCUCUCAGAUCACAGAAUGGGCAAAUAGCUGUCACCAAUCACAAGGUUGCUGUUGCUGAUCCACGUGUUGUUGGGCUGAUAUUUCAACGUUGGGAACAGCCUGAGGGACACAGAAGAAUUGGCAGCUUCGUUGUAUUGGUUCUGGGAUUCGUGAAAUCAUAUCUCGAUGUUGGGCUCACUCUCACUCAUAUGAAUUGGCUGCGCAGGCUGUAACAGUAGACGGGAACAAUAGAUGUGCUGGAUAGGAACGAUGAUUUCCAGAACCGUUG